CAUCUUCUUCUCUUCUCUCGGCUUUGCUCAGCCACCAGACACACACAACUUCUUCUCUCUUCUUAGACAUCCUUCACACACAAAAACAUGUCCACCACAUUACUCAGAACAAUCCAACCAAACCACUUCACACUCCUCGGAACCGCCUUGUUCAGAAGAAACAGAACAACAACAACGAGCCGUCACAUCUCCGUUCGAUGUCUCGGGAGCCAAACCGCCUCCUCUCAACCAAGAACCGCCCCAAAAAACCACGGAAGCAACAAGCUGGACGAGAUUCUCAGAGACUACGAAGCCGUGAUCGGGAUAGAGACACACGUCCAGCUCUCCACAUCCACAAAGGCCUUCUGCACCUGCCCCAACACCUACGGCUCCAAACCGAACACGAGCAUAUGCCCCGUCUGUAUGGGAUUACCCGGGGCUCUGCCCGUCCUGAGCUCGAAAGUUGUCGACUUUGGCGUCCGAUUGGGUCUGGCUUUGAACUGUGGUCUCUCUCUCAAGUCAAAGUUCGAUAGGAAGCAGUAUUUUUACCCUGAUCUGCCUAAAGGCUAUCAGAUAUCUCAGUUCGAUGUCCCCAUUGCGUCUGGUGGUUACGUGGAUGUGGAUAUUCCGUUAGAGUUUGGUGGUGGGCAUAGGAGGUUUGGGAUCACUAGGGUUCAUAUGGAGGAAGAUGCUGGCAAGUUGCUCCAUUCAGACACUGGAGAUUACUCUCAGGUUGAUUUGAAUAGAGCAGGAGUUCCUUUGCUUGAGAUUGUGUCUGAACCUGAUAUGAGAAGUGGGAUAGAAGCAGCUGAGUACGGUAGCGAGAUGCAGAGGAUUGUGAGGUAUUUGGGAGUGAGUAAUGGGAAUAUGCAAGAGGGCUCUCUUCGUUGUGAUGUUAAUAUCUCUAUCCGUCCCAUUGGCCAAGCUCAGUUUGGCACCAAGGUAGAGAUAAAGAAUCUGAAUGCGUUUUCAGCUAUGAGCAGGGCGAUUGACUAUGAGAUAACAAGACAGGCACUUCUAUACAACCAGGGUCAAGCCGACCAGAUUGUAACCGAGACUCGUCUUUGGGACGAAGGAGCUCAGAAAACAGUAACAAUGAGGAAGAAAGAAGGGCUAGCUGAUUACCGCUACUUCCCAGAACCAGAUCUUCCUGAAGUGAUCCUCACCCAAGAAUACGUUGAUAGCAUCCGUGCCUCUUUACCGGAACUUCCUGAGGCAAAGCGCAGGAGGUAUGAGGCAAUGGGUUUAGGUAUUCAAGAUGUGCUUUUCCUUGCCAAUGACGUCAGUGUUGCAGAAUAUUUCGAUCAAGUGAUUGGUAAAGGUGCUGAUGUUAAGUCGGCAGCAAAUUGGCUGAUGAGUGAUAUAGCCGCUUACUUGAAAAAUGAGGAACUUUCUAUCAGUGAUGUCAAACUUACUCCUCAAGAGUUGGCUGAGCUGAUAGCUGCAAUCAAAGAUGAAACCAUUAGCGGAAAGAUUGGUAAACAGAUUCUGUUUGAGCUAUUGGCCAAAGGUGGAACUGUUCAAGGAAUGAUUAAGGAAAAAGACUUGGUUCAGAUAACCGAUCCUGUGGAGAUUGAGAAGAUGAUUAUGAAGGUGAUCUCCGAAUCCCCAAAGCAACUUGAGCAGUACCGAAGUGGGAGGACCAAGCUUCAAGGCUUUUUUGCUGGCCAGGUAAUGAAAAUGUCAAAAGGUAAAGCAAACCCUGCUUUGCUUAACAAGAUUCUCCUGGAGAAGCUCGAUGCCAAGGAGUGAUGAUUGAUUAAAACGCACAAAAUUGGAGAUGCGAUUAGUGAAAGUGUUGUAUUGAGUUAAAACGGUUGUUCUUUAGAAAUUUUUUGUUGAAUUUGUUAAGUUUCACAGAGUCUUGUAAUGGCAAUACAAUGCACAAUGAAUUGGUACAGAUGAUUCUGUUGGAACAUGAAAUAAAAAAGCUUAGAUUUUGCAA